GAGUACGAAUUUGGAGUUGGUGACAAUCGACAAAUGGCUGCAGCCACGGUCGGUCGCGUCAGUGAAGUUUCGUCCUCAGAGUCCAGCGAUGGGGACGAAACAAGCCGAUUACGAGAGGCGGCUGUUCUUGAUUGUCACCACUCUUCUUCAGCAUCGAACGGGAAGACCGGCAAGUCAAUACCGAGCUGCGCAAACCUGCCUCGAACAGCGCCGAAUGACGUCAGCUCUCGCCCGUCGCUAAGACCAUCAAGAGAGGAGAGUCGGGCGUUAGAGAAUGAUCUCAACACAACGCCGGCAUUCAGGGCGUUCGUCAGCAAGAAACUGUCGCAGAUUGUGGACAGUAUGGUAGAAGUUACUGAAAUGAAGACGGCACCCACUGCUUCCACUGCUUCAAACAAGGAGACAGAAAUCGGUGUCCGUCUCUUUUCAAGUUGCACGAGUCCCGUGAGCUUGGAGGAUCGUACGCCUGUAAGGAAAGGUGUCUCCAAACGCCUUGUUGAAAGUAGUUCCAGCGACAGCUCAGAAGACGAGAGGUUAGCCUCCGCAGCUGUGUCACACGACUUCAUAUUCAAAGACACAACGUUUUCAGGUUCUUCUAAAACUUGCAAAUCCGAUCCAACAAACACUCAUUGUGAUGUGGUAAAAUUAAAAAAAUCCAAAAAGAAAAAGAAGAAAAAGGUCCAAGAUCUUUCAGAAAUGUCACCACAAUCGAUGGCGCACGAUGCGGGAGACGCUGUCGAUGCCGAGGAUGACAACGAGCAUACAAACGCAAACAAAAAAUGUAAAAAGAAAAAACAGAAGAAAGAGAAGGGAGAAUCCUGAGUGUGGCUGAGAAAGAUGAAAGUGUCUCGAUCAGGGCUGUGCUGUAGCAACAGCCUGCCCUGAACGUGAAUGAGAUUGAAUGAAGUUCCUUGCCAUCAGUGUUCAUAUCUUAUCACUUCGUUCCACCAAUUGAGAAUGCUUGGUCAGGGCUGGGAAGAAAUACAGCCGGCCGUGAACAUGGAGGAUAUAUUGUUUGGGUGUUCGGGUGUAACGAUGAGCACCCAUGGUCGGGGCUAUGUUGAUUGUUAGUUCCUUGUUCCAUUUGCCAUACUGCCUAAACAGACGUGAUGGGAUUCCAGCUUUUAUCAAUAAUGUUUCAAUAAACAAUUCCGAGACGGG